AUGAUUAUGAUCUGGAAGAAAAUGAUUGGUGAGUUAAUUGGUUUUCUUAUAGGGUUAGCGAGUAAAUUACUUCAAGAAUUAUUUUGUCGAGAUUUCUUGAUACCACUUGAACAAACAGAUGUUUGUUAUAGUCUGCAAACACAUAUGAUCCAUUCAGCUAAUUUGCAUGAUGAUCUUGAUGUUGUUACAAGUGUUUAUUUAUCUGAAACUUCAUAUUCAAGAAAUUAUCCAUCAUUUGAUCAAGACAUUUUCAAUCCAAAUAAACAUAUUCUUGAUAUAUCCACAGAUUAUUCUGAAAAGCAUCGUGUAAAAGCUUAUGAUCAUGUACACCGAUUUUUUAAUCAUCCAGAUAAUCAUUUAAAACAUGCUAAUAAUUUAUCAAAAUUUAUUGACUAUACAUCAAUAACAUGUUAUUUUUCUAUACCAAUACAAUUACCUAAUGUAAUCUAUGUUCAUGUUAUUAUAUUUAAUCGUGAUAAUAAUAAUUCAAUAACAACAACAUCAAAUAAAAAUAUAUCUCUUCAAGAUAUUCUUCAACUUAUUGAAUGUAAUAAAAAAUUUCAUGAUGAACCUAUGUUACCAAUAAAUUCAUCAAGAAUUUCAUCUCCUACUACAAUGAAUAAUAUGACACAUAAUGAUUUAGUUAUGAUUAAUACAACAUUAGAUAAUAAUAAUGAUGAUGAUGAACCAUUAAAUGAUAAUAUUGCUGUGUGUGACGAAAAACUUUUAUAA